UUCCGGUUCCGGUCGGGUACGCCGCGCGCCGUGCCGAGGAGCGGCGGCGGGGCCAUGGCGCCGGGCCGGCUGUGAGGGCCAUGGCGGCCCCGCACGCAGAGAAGCUGGAGGGAGGCGUCCCGGCCCCGCCGCCCCCGCCGGGGCCCCCGCACCCCGCGGGCAGCGCCGCCGCCGGCGGUCCCGGCCGGAAGCAGGGGAAGGCAGGUGAGCGCGGGCGGCCGGGCCGGGCCGGCGGGAUGUUGGCGGGGGGGGACACACGGGACGGGGACACACAAACACCGGCCCCGGCUGACGCGGCCCCGCUUGUCCCCGCAGGGCUGCAGAUGAAGAGCCCCGAGAAGAAGCGGCGCAAGUCCAACACGCAGGGCCCCGCCUACUCCCACCUCUCGGAGUUCGCCCCGCCGCCCACCCCCAUGGUGGAUCACCUGGUGGCCUCCAACCCCUUCGAGGAUGACUUCGGGGCCCCUAAGGUGGGGGCGGCCCCCGCCCCCUUCCUGGGCAGCCCGGUGCCCUUCGGCAGCUUCCGCGUCCAGGGGGGGAUGUCGCCGCAGGUGGCCCCCGGUUACGGUGGAGGCCCCCAGCCCCUGCGGAGGCAGCCCCCCCCCUUCGCUCCCGGGCAGAUGGGCCCGGCUUUCAGCAUGCCCCCCCAGAACCCCAACUACGUCCAGCCCGGGGGCAUGAGCUUCCCCGGGCAGCCCUUCAGCCAGCCCCUCGGACAGAACUUCAGCCCCCCCACGGGGCAGCUCAUGCAGGGGCCUGUCGGGGGCUUCGGGCCCAUGAUCUCCCCCACCAUGGGGCAGCCCCCCCGGGGGGACAUGGGCCCCGGGCCGGCCCUCAACACCCCCGGGGGCCCGGCGGUGGCUCAGCGCUUCAGCCAGCCCGGCAACCUCUUUGGACAGUCGCCCAUGCAGCGCCCCGGGCAGAACAUGCCCCCCCUGCCCCCCACCGCCAGCCCCUUCCCCGGGGCUGACCCCGGCUUCUCCGCCAGCGGUGAGGAGGGGGGCAAGAACCUCAACCCCCCCCCCAGCACCUUCGCCCAGGAGCAGCACUCGGGCUCCCCCGCUGCCGUCAACGGGGCGCAGCCCGGCUUCGCCCCUAACAGCGCCGGCCGCGGUGCCGGCACCCCUGAAACCAACAGCCUCCCGCCAGCCCCUCCCGGCAAGGCAGCCGGUGGUUCGGGUCACCAGCCACCGCCGGGGCUGGUGUACCCCUGCGGGGCCUGCCGCAACGAGGUGAACGACGACCAGGACGCCAUCUUGUGCGAGGCCUCCUGCCAGAAGUGGUUUCACCGGGAGUGCACGGGGAUGACGGAGAACGCCUACGGGCUGCUCACCACCGAGGCCUCCGCUGUCUGGGCCUGCGACUUCUGCCUGAAGACGAAGGAGAUCCAGUCGGUCUACGUCCGGGAGGGCAUGGGACAGCUGGUGGCCGCCAACGACGGCUGAGCCGCCCUCCCGCUGCCGUGUACAGCUUCCCCCACCGAUUUAGGACCAAACCCCCGUUUUUUGUAGCCAUCGCUCCCCCCCUGCCCCCGCCGCCAGCCAGAGAGACAGCGCCAGGCACAGGCUGCGGCUCCUCACCGGGCACCGGCUGCCGCUGGGACCUGCCGCGGGCUCCGGGCCGGUGCUGGCCGCGCUGUCACCAGCCCUUUGCUGGGGGGGGAGCAGCUCUGGCCCCGGUGCACCGGCCCUUGGGGGGGGCUGAGGCUCCCCGGUGCCCCCCCCCAGCCCCCCAGCUCUGCCCGGGUGGGGUCAGUGCCGUUGCGGGGGGUGGGGGGGAGGGUGUCCAGCCCCCACCGCCAUCCGUGACUUCCCCCGGGGCUGUGAGCGGUCCCGGUGCCCCCUCCAGAUGCUCGGGACGGUCCCGGUUCCUCCCCUCCUUCCUCCCGGCCCCGUUUUAGCCGAUCGUUAAUGGAAACUUUUGUACCGUCACUAUAAACCGUUGAAACGCG